CCUUGUUUCCUUCCAGAGAAGAGCGGGUGCCCGGGCACGGCGUGGUGACGAUGGCAGGGCGCUGAGCAGCUUCGCUUCUCCAGGGAGCCUGCCGGCAUCCCCGCCAGAUCCUGAGCAAGCAGAGCUCCUGCGAGAAGCCCGGAGAUGGAGCCCCCCGACGCAACCAUAAUCAGAGGGGUGGGGGACGAGGUGACGGUGGUGGCUGGCAUUGUGGUCCUGGCACUGGCUCUGGUUUUGGCGUGGCUGUCUACAUACGUUGCCGACAGCAGCAACCAGCUCUUGGGAACUAUCGUGGCCACAGGGGACGCAACUGUGAUACGGCUCAGCCACGUGGAACGGUAUGUGGGCGCAGCGGGGGCGACCGAGCCCCCCGAACCCGCGAGGGUCCCUGAAACCACAGAAGAAAAAGCAGAAGAGGAAGGGGGGGCCACUUCCGACUUGGGCCUGGCGCUGGAGCAGGGGGACAGCAGCAGCCCCUCCAACCCCAGCCUUGACCGGCUGCUGGACAUCCGAAGCUUGCCCAAAAGGACAUCAGGCAACGAGCCCAGUGCUCGAGACAGCCGCAGGCCGCCCGCCCCGGAGGAGAGCGACCUGUGCGCUGGCUUCAUCAAGGUCCGGCUCAAGUUCCUCAACGACACGGAGGAGGUGGCCGUGGUGAGGCCUGAGGACACCAUAGGUGUCCUCAAGAGCAAAUAUUUCCCAGGCCAAGAGAGCCAGAUGAAGUUCAUCUAUCGCGGCCAACUCCUGCAGGACCAGGCACGGACGCUGCGCUCUCUCAACAUCACAGACAACUGCGUUAUCCAUUGUCACCUCUCCCAGAGUGCUGCUGCCACCCUGCCCGACCCCACCGUGGCACCCCCUGAAGCGAGCAGCGUGACCGUCAACAUGGGGAACAUGAUGAUCCCCAUGAUCAUGGUGAUGCUGGCCGUCAUCUGGUACUUCCGCAUCAACUACCGGCAGUUCUUCACCGCGCCAGCCACUGUCUCCUUGAUCGGGGUGACCGUUUUCUUCAGCUUCCUGGUGUUUGGGAUGUACGGCCAGUAGGAAAUAGAUGGGGAGGUGUGAAAAGCAGCUCGGGGAGACAAGCCAGCCUCCUUCCCCGCCUGGCCCUUUGGGAACACAGCGCUUGUGUCAGGGCUUUUCUUAACCACGCCAUGACAAGCAAUGUUAGAGACUGGCAGCUGGGGCUGAGUGACUUCCUGCUCCCUAGGGACAGAGGACAGUGAGUGGCUGGCGGGGCAGAAGCAAGGCCUGAGCUCAGCGUGUCCUCUCCUGCCUCGCUGUUGCUGCACGCGACUUUGUCCCCUCACUGGCAGAUACCGCC